UUCAAUUUGUGCCACUCCAUACAAAAACGAAAGGAGAAAGGAAUGCAGAGUGGAAGGCCUUUUGAUUCUCAGGAAGGCCUUUCGGAAGUGCUUUUAACUCCUGAAAUUAUCUACUGGGCGGUUUGUACUUUAAACGACGAUAUUUAUAUAUUUUCUUGGACACAUACAUAUAACUUCAGACUGCUUCAGUUUUACGUGGGGAACAUCUGUUCCUACAAUUCGGGAUUAACACCGCUAACUUAUUUUCUGUUAUCGUUCAUUCAAUUGUUACCGAAACCUUUUUUGAAUAACUCAAAAAAUUAUUCAAAUUUUCUUUCGCCUUAUCGCAUUCAGUUCGUCUACUUUUUCGUUCUUCGGAUUUAAAUUUUUAAAUUUCAUAUUUAAAAUAUAUAAUUAAUUUAUACUCGAAUAUCGAAAAAGAAAAUGGGGGAAGGAGAAAAAAAAUCAGACAUGUCGGAUUCGAUGGCAUUUCUUAAGGAUUUCCUUGCUGGAGGAGUUUCUGCAGCGAUUGCUAAAACCGCAAUGGCACCAAUUGAACGCGUAAAAUUACUUCUGCAGGUGCAAGCCAUAUCAAAGCAAAUUUCAACUGAAAAACAAUAUAAGGGAAUGAUAGAUUGCUUUAUACGAAUCCCGCGAGAGCAAGGAUUUCUUGCCUAUUGGCGAGGUAAUUUAGCUAAUGUGAUAAGAUAUUUCCCCACUCAGGCCUUGAAUUUUGCCUUCAAGGAUAAAUAUAAGCAGAUAUUCUUAAGUGGCGUUAAUAAAAAAGAGCAGCCAGGACGUUAUUUCAUUGGUAAUUUGCUCUCUGGAGGGGCGGCAGGUGCCACGUCACUUUGCUUUGUAUACCCUUUGGAUUUUGCGCGUACACGAUUGGCUGCAGAUGUUGGAAAAACUGGGCAACGUGAAUUCAAUGGACUUUUUGAUUGUAUAGUUAAAGUAUUCAAGAGUGACGGCAUACUUGGAUUAUAUCGUGGUUUCAUUGUGUCUGUUCAAGGAAUUAUUAUGUAUCGUGGCGCUUAUUUUGGUUGCUAUGACACAGCUCGUGGACUUUUACCGGAUCCCAAAAAUGCUCCAAUAUGGCUCAACUUUAUGAUAGCUGAAGCGGUAACAACUGCUGCCGGUAUAGUUUCAUAUCCGUUUGAUACAGUGCGACGACGUAUGAUGAUGCAGUCCGGUUUGAAAGUCAAUGAACGUAUAUAUAAAAAUACAGCACAUUGCUGGCUAGUAAUCGCCCGAACAGAGGGCCCUUUAGCAUUCUUUAAAGGAGCAUUUUCAAAUGUGUUACGUGGAACAGGUGCUGCUAUAGUAUUGGUUUUAUAUGAUGAAAUUAAAAAUCUUAUUCAGUGAUAUAAAACUCAACUGAAAUUAAUCAAUAUACAUACAUAAGUAUUUGUAGUUAACAUUAAAUAAGAAAUUCCUAAUUUUGGUAAACUUGAGUUCAGUUCUUAUAAAUACAUAUGUUCAGACAAGGAAUGAUUUGAACCAUAAUGAGCUUUGGUUUUGAUUAAACACAAUCCAUGAUUCAAUAAUUAAUUCAAUUAUUAUUGAAUCAUGAACACAAUCCAGGUUAUUUUUCAAACUCGUAUUUAGAGUACAACAGUUGUACUACAACUCCACAACAAGCUUCUCAGGCGUUUGGCGCUUCAGCUACACAAUUCAACCUAAAAAGCGCGGAACGCCUAAUAAGCUAUACCCUAAUGGCGUUA